AUGGAAGAAUCUGAAGACGGUAUCGCCGUGGUCGGCAUCGGAUGCAGCUUUCCGGGGGGGGAAGGACUUGACAACUUCUGGAAGGUUCUGGUUGAAGGGAGAAACUGUUCUAUGCCGAUUCCCAGAGAGAGAUUUGACUUAACCAAGUGGUACGACCCUGAUGACAACAAAGCUGGUAAAUCACGUACAGCCAAGGCCGCUCUUAUUGACGGGUUCAAUGAAUUUGACCACAAGUUUUUCGGUAUCAGUGAUAAUGAAGUGGAACAAAUGGAUCCUCAACAAAAACAGCUUCUUCAGUGUGUCUACAGAGCGUUAGAAAAUGCUGGAAUCCCAAUGGAGAAGGCCAGUGGGACCAGGACAGGAGUCUUCAUUGGCCUGAUGAACAGAGAUUAUGAAACAAAUGCUGCUCAUGUGCAUCCAAGUGUUAUCAACCACUGGACUGGCACGGGGCUUGCCAUGAGUAUUGCAGCAAACAGAGUCUCGUACAUCUUCAACUUCACUGGGCCUUCACUGUCCAUAGACUGUGCCUGCUCAUCAUCUCUUGUGGCCCUUCAUCUUGCCUGUCAAUCCAUUAAACAAGGUGAUUGUGACAUGGCUCUGUGUGGAGGAGUCAACUGUAUAAUCGAGCCAAGAGUGUUUGUUGCUCUGAGCAAGGCCAAGAUGAUCUCACCUGACGGGGCCAGCAAACCAUUCUCCAACAGAGCAGAUGGUUAUGGUAGAGGGGAGGGCUGUGGUGUAGUUCUGCUGAAGCCAUUAAAAAAGGCCAUUCAAGACCAUGACCAUAUCUGGGGGAUCAUCAGCAAAACAGCAGUCAACCAAGAUGGACGCUCAGUAACUCCAAUCACCAAACCCUCCAUGUCACAACAAGAAGAACUCCUGCGCAGAAUCUACUCAGAGUCUGACCUCGCCAAUGUCCAGUACAUAGAGGCACAUGGGACUGGAACCCCAGUUGGAGACCCAACAGAGGCAGGAAGCAUCUCAAAAGUCAUAGCCAAAGCCAAACCUCCUGGUGCAGAGACACUCUGGAUUGGCUCUGUGAAGGGCAACAUUGGACAUACAGAAUCUGCUGCUGGAGUAGCCGGACUAAUUAAAGUUCUCCUUAUGAUGAAGCAUGAGACCAUUGUUCCCACAGUUUUCUUCACUGAAGAGACUGCCAGUGUGGAUGUCAAAGCGCUGAACAUUAAGGUUCCCAAGGAAGCGGUAAAGUGGGAAGCCUCUGGUGCAAGGAUGGCUGGAGUGAACAACUUUGGCUUUGGGGGUACGAACGCACAUGCUAUUGUCAAACAGCACAAACAAACAUGGGUCAAGCAUAAGAAUGUUGCAAAACAGACUAAAUAUUUUGUCUUGUCAGCAAAUUCCCCAAAAUCUCUUACUCUGUUAAUUGAAGACACCAUUAAAGAGCUGGAAGCAGAUAGCAUAGUUGAUCUGGAUUCUCUGUUGUACACAUCAGCUUGUAGGAGGAGCCAUCUAAAACAUAAAUACAGGAAGGCCAUUGUGGUUUCAUCUGUAGUUGAUCUUAAACAGAAGUUAAAUGCAGCUGCAGGCAAAUAUGUUAGCCAAUCCUACUCAGAUCCAAGGUUAGUGUUUGUUUUUUGUGGAAAUGGUGUCACUUACUAUGGAAUGUGCAAACAGCUACUAAAACAUGAACCUGCAUUCAGGGAUAAGGUUAGAGAAAUUUCAAACCUUUUCCAAAGACUGAGUAAGCUGAAUGUAUUGGACAGACUUGAGAGUGAGUUUGAGGGAAGUGACUUUACAAAUCCAGAUGUUGUCCAACCAGUCCUCUUUGCUAUCCAAGUCGCAAUUACCAGCUUGCUCAGAGACUGGGGUGUCAAGCCAGAUGUGAUUCUUGGACACUCAGUAGGCGAGGUUGCAGCUGCCCACUGUUCUGGCCUCUUGUCUCUUGAGGAUGCCGUAAAAGUUAUCUAUGUCCGCAGCACUCUCCAGAGCAAAAUCACCGGGGGGAAGAUGCUUGUGAUCAGCAACAUGGCUACAUCAGAGGUGACUUCUCUUCUCCCAAAAUACUCUGGUAGAGUUUGCCUUGCUGCUUUAAACAGCCCACUGUCUUGUACCCUCUCAGGUGAUGUCGUUGCAAUCGAAAGCCUCCAUAAGGAGCUAAGCACCUCAGCCAACAGUGAAAAUAUUUUCCUAUGUUUGCUGGAUGUACCUGCUGCUUACCACAGCUGCACGAUGGACCAAAUUCUGACAGAAGUUGAGGAGAAAAUUGGAUCCUUACAUGUGAAUGGUCUUGACACAAAGUUAUUUUCAACGGUGACAGGCAAGGAAGUCCAACAGGGUGAUUUCUGCACUGGAGAAUACUGGGCUAGAAACAUUCGCGAGCCAGUAGCUUUUGAGCAGGCAGUGAGAUCAGCAGCAAAAGGACAGAAGAAUACAGUCUUUGUGGAGAUAGGACCAAGAAGGGCUCUGCAGAGAAAUAUAAUCGAAACUUUGGGUCAUGACACAGCUGUUCUUGCAUCUGUGCAGCCAGAGAAAGAUCAUGAAACAUUAACAUCUGUUGUUUCUAAGCUCUUCGAACUGGGUGUCCAUGUAAAUUGGGACACCUUCUACAAAGGAUCUGAGACAAUCCCUCUACCUAUUCCGAAAUACCAGUUUGAUUGCUCAGACAGAGAUAUAAUCAUUGCAGCAGCACAGAAAAACACUAGUAAUCAUCCUGUGCUCUUUCGGGCAGGAAGUGAAAGCAAUGUUUUCAGCUGUGACCUGACAUCUGACUCUUUCUACCUGAAAGAACACAAGCACAAUGGUAUACCAAUCAUCCCUGGUGCCUUCUAUGCCGAAUUGGGUUUAGCCGCGUUCAUGGCCAGUACCAAACCAAAAGUACCACUUAGCUCAGUACAUCUCAGCGUUGGUUUUCACAGUCCUUUUGUUUUAACCCAGAACUCACCUGAAAUGAAAGUGCAACUACAACAAACAGAGACAGAAACUAGAUUCAUGGUAUUCUCCCCAUCUGCGAUGUAUGCAUCAGGCACAGUGUUUUCAAAGAAAGAGAGGUUGAUUGAGGAGCAGUGCAUUUCAAUUAAAUCCAUCCUCAAAAGAUGCAAAUCUGUAGUGAGCGCUCCCGAGUUCUAUGGGUACCUCUCUCAAGGAGGCUUUCAGUAUGGAGAUGUCUUCCAGAAUAAGGGGGACGUUCACUAUGGAGAGGAUCUUAAGGAGGCUGUUGCAUGUGUCACAAUUCCACAAGAAAUCCGUUUUCAGCUGCAUGACUACUGCAUUCAUCCUGUUGUGCUGGAUUUCCUGAUGCAGCUUGUCCCAGUUACAGUAAAGCAAUUUUUUGCAGAUAGACAAGGAUUUCCUACCAAAAUAGGCAGUCUAAUAGUGGGCGAGCCCCUGCAAGAUGAGAUGAUUGUUUAUCUGAGAGCAACUGAUGUGGGAACCGAUCACCUUGAGAUUUGUGGCUGUUUUGCAGAUAAAGAAGGAAGAGUGUUGGUUGAGGUUAAGCAUGUGAUAAUCAAGUAUAUUGGAAGUGGCUCUCAUGUAGUUGAGGAGUAUUUCUAUCAUAAUAACUUCAGUGUAAUCCCUGAAUGCAUCACAUCUGGUCCUCCUCCAAGGGCUUUGGUCUUCAAUGACCAUAUAGGGAUCUCGUUUGGCCUCCAACAGUAUUUGGACUCAAGGUCUAGAUACGUUUCUUUGACACAUGCAAAAGAUUGCUUGUGCCAUGGGUUUCCAUCUCUCUUGGCAAAUCUCCACAUAACAGAUAUUGAGAAUAACUUUGAUGAUGUCUUAUUUUUGUGGGGUAAGGAAGACCUCACUUCAUUGGCAGCUGAUGUUGUCCUGCAGAAUUUGGCCAACUGCUGUGAGAUUUUACGCCAAAUAGCAUUGGAGCUGAAAAGAGUUAAUUUUCCAAACUCCAUCAGAACAAUCACCUACUGCUCAUCUGACCUCACAGUGGACCAUAUACGUCCAGGUUUUGUACUUUCUGGCAUGACAAGAUCAUUUGCUGCAGAGAUACCAGACCUUUUAUUUCAGCUGAUUGAUAUACACAGUACCUCUGCCAAGGACAUUGAAGCUCUCUCUGAGGUCAUCAGGUCUUGUCCAUGCAGCAAGUACCCAGAGUUGGUGGUGAAAGAUGGGCUGAUUCUGAAACCUUCUAUUGUUCGUACUCCACCUGAAAUCAUUGACAGUUCAAAAGGUAGUUUUGCCUCUACAAUGUCUGAGCCCUGCAUCCUUCAAACAACUGAUGCACAUGAGGUGGUCCAACUGAAUUGCAUUCACUUUGAGGAGAAUGCCCAGCCAAUCAGUGAUACAUCAGUUGAAAUUCGGCCCACUAAGAUAUGUAUUCAUUCAUCUGACUACUUCCCUGUCAGUGAUUCACAUCUAAGAUUUGGCCAGACAUUGUACUGGAACAAACACUCAUCACAGAACCACAAGCUACUGGCUCUUGACUUUAGUGGUACUAUUACAGCUGUUGGAAAAUAUGUCACUAAAUUGAAAAUGGGAGACCAUGUAGCUUGCUGUUAUCCAGUGGUGGCAACCAGCAAGGUCAGAGUUCCAGAGGACGUGUGCUACAGCACCAAACGAUUCCCAUUCCUUCAAAAACCACCCUGUGUUUCCUACUUUGUGCUAGCAUGGGAGAUCUUGCAUCGGGCCUUACCCAGAGCCAAACAUAAUCUAGGGAUUGAAUCCUGUGUGCCUGAUUCUAGUCUGAUAAAAGUCUUGGCACUCACAUCUUAUAAGUCAGGUUGGAAUGUGAUUGUUAGCACACAGUGCAAUGGCACUUUUAAAGAUGUCAAUCAAAUUGAUGCAUUUGUCAUCCUGCCUCCAUUUGAUGAAUCUCUGAUUCUUAAAAUCUGCAACCUCCCAAGUGUCAAACAUGUUGUCUUCAUUUGUGAUUCUCAGAUGCAGUGUUUGCUUGCUCAGGAUUUGUUCCACAGUAUGAAGGACAGUGUUCAUGUGCAGACAAUUCAGAUGCCUGUCAUUUUGCACAAGGGAUCCUUGAAUGCAAAAAGGCCAUACAUUUAUCAGUGGCUUAAGUCCCUGAACCUGAGUAGCAAAUUUGCUCUUGAAAGCUACACCUUUCAAAGUAUGACAUCUGACAGCAAUGAGAGCCUAAACACAGAGAAACCACAAUCAUACUUCCACUCAAAGAAGUUGGCUGUUCUUAGUCUGGAAAAAGAUACUGGCAGUACACUAUCUAACAACCCAUUGCUGCCAACAAGGAAACAGCUUUUCCAAAAGAGAGCAGUGUACGUAGUGGCUGGUGGUCUUUCUGGCCUGGGCUUUGAAACUGUCAAGUUUAUCUCACAAAGAGGCGGUGAGUACAUUGUCAUACUCUCCAGGAGCAAGCCCACACCAAAAGUACAGCUGGAGAUACACAACAUAGAGAAGAAGUGUAAAAACUGCAUUACCACCAUGGAAUGUGACAUAUCUGUAUCCCAGGAUGUACACAAAGUUAUCAGUGUCAUCGGCCAGAAAUUCCCCAAUAGUCCAAUCAGAGGAGUUUUUCACAGCGCAGUUGUCUUACAUGAUGGGCUCAUUGAGACCCUUGACAGAUCUCUCUAUGAGAAAGUUCUCAAACCCAAAGUAAAUGGUGCGCUGAAUUUGCACCAUGCAACACAGCACUGUCAGUUGGAUUACUUCGUGUGUUACUCUUCCAUGUCAGCUUUUCUUGGAAAUGCAGCACAAACAAACUAUGCAGCUGCCAACACAUUCCUCGACAUGUUCUGUCACUACCGGCGCAAACUUGGGCUUCCUGGACAGUCAAUCAACUGGGGAGCCCUAAACCUUGGUCUCCUCUUGCACAAGGAUAAUUACCAGCGGUUUCUUGAGGCAAAGGGGAUGAUGGUUUUGGAUGUGGCUGAGAUUCAUAAAAGCCUGGAGCAGUGUCUUUUGCUCAAUCGGCCCCAGCAGGCCGUAUGUAGGUUUCACUUCAGAAACAUCCGAUACAACAUCCUCUCUCAAAAUGCAGCCUUGACCAUGCGCUUAUCAGCUUUGGUAGAGGAGGCUUUCCAAAAAUCUAAAGAGACAGACUCUCACUCUAAACCAACUAAUCCAGUCUCACCCAAAGAGUAUGUAAACUCUCUGCUUUGUGAGACAACUGACAUGGAUAAAAAGGAGCUGAAAGAAGGAUGUCUUCUUUCAACUUUAGGCAUUGACUCCAUGCAGGCCAUGACUUUGCAGAAUGUCAUCUUUCAGCAGAGAGGUGUGAAUGUGCCUUUGGUAAAAUUGUUGGAUCCCAAUGCCACUUUAUCAACAAUUGUAGCUAUACUAAAUGAAGAAGGUGAAAACAUUUGUGAUAACCAAAAGUCUGUCCCAGCUCAAGAAAUGGAGGAUGUUUCCACCAGACUGUAAAUAAGACCAACAUAGAAUGUCAACCAAAGAUAUUUCUCACUGUAUUUAGUAGAAGCCACUGUCAUUUUUAAGUUUGGUAUUGCAAUGUCUUGUAGAUGCUUUUGUGAUUUUUGGAUUCAAGUUUGUCAUUGUCUUGUGUUGUUGUACCCUUACACAAUAUGGAUGCAUUUUACACACUAACUUUGCUAAACUAAAUGUGGUCAUUUUGAAUUGGUGUUCUAUAUAACAUUCUUACCCAUCUCUUUAUUGCUACAUUUAUUAUGAAAAAAAGAGAAAGCAGCACAAUUAGCAACACAAUUGUGACUGAAGAUGUUCAAAAGUUCAUAUCGUAUUAAUUUCAGUAAAAACUGAUUACCUUUAAAAAAAAGUCUAACUUUAAAGCUUGUCUAACUUUUUAUUUUGUCGUAUGAUUCAG